AAUUCCAAGCUUUUUUUCUUCCAAAAAAUAAAAAAAAAAGGAAAAAAAGGAAGUCUCUUCUUAUUACAAAAGCUAAAAGAGCGCUUCUCUUCUUUCUCUCUAUCUGCGUUUAUCUGUAUCUGUCCGAUCCGACUCGUUAUUCUAACAUCUGUCUCUCUCCAAUUUUCUUUCUACCCCAACUCAAUUAUCGAGCUGUAGUUUUCCUCAGAACGUCGUUUCGUCGAAGGCUAGGGUUUGCUUCUCGAAGCGCAAGUUGGGAGUUAUUUAUCGGAUUCUUACGUUAAGGUUCAAUAUUUUGAAGUUCUCCCACAUGGUGAUUCUGUAAAUUGAGCAGAAAUGGAGCCCUUUUUUGGGUUAUGGAGCUUUGGGAGGGUUUCAAAGUUUUUCUGGUGGAUGCGGAGUAAUUAGGGUUUCAUUGUUUCUACUAUGUUUAGGUAUAUUUUGAGCUUAAUUUGGUCAUUUCUGUAGCUGAAAGUGGAAAAUUAAGGGUUCUUCUGGUGGAUGGGGAAUUUGAAAUUCAGGCUGGUUUUUCUUGUCUUUGAGCUCUGUGAGUUUGUUGAAUUCCUACCGAAAAUUUAAAGUGGUUUGUUUUCCAAGUAGGACCGGUAAUUUUAAGCUUAACUAACAGGGCUUUCUUACAUUUAGAAGUGGGGAAGUUGUAUGAAGAAAUAGGGAUUGUAUCGGGUUAGAAAUGUUUUAUUCACAGUUUAUAUUGGCGAAGAAAGGUCCGUUGGGGACAAUAUGGAUAGCAGCCCAUCUGGAGAGGAAGCUUCGAAAGAAUCAGGUGGCGGAUACCGACAUUGGUGUCUCUGUUGAUUCUAUUCUGUUUCCUGAAGUACCAAUUGCACUACGAUUGUCCAGUCAUCUUCUUCUUGGAGUGGUGAGGAUAUAUUCUAGAAAGGUGAAUUACCUUUUUGAUGAUUGCAGUGAAGCCUUGCUAAAGAUAAAGCAGGCGUUUCGCUCCACUGCAGUUGAUUUACCGCCAGAAGAAUCAACUGCACCCUACCAUUCAAUCACUUUGCCGGAGACUUUUGAUCUUGAUGAUUUUGAGCUGCCUGAUAAUGAGGUUUUUCAAGGUAACUAUGUUGAUCAUCACGUUAGCUCAAGAGAGCAGAUUACGCUUCAAGAUACCAUGGAUGGUGUGGUUUACUCCACAUCCCAAUUUGGAUUGGAUGAGCGGUUUGGUGAUGGUGAUACUUCUCAGAUUGGUCUGCUCGAUGAGGAACUAGUCCUAGAUAGGGUUGCAGUGCCAGGACAUGGUGGAGUUUCAAUGUAUGAUCUUCAAGGGUCAGAUGUACUACAAAAACAAGAUCCAAGUAAUUUAGAAGCUGUGCCAAUUGAUUGCAGUGGGGAUCAGGUUGAAGUUCUAGCUGCAAAUUCUGAAUUUGUUGCGUACGAUCAGGAUCCAGGUACUCCUGGAUUAGUGGUAGUGCAUAAUUUGUCUGGUGUUCAUGAGGCACUGGCUGGUGGUGAUCAGGAUCCAGGUACUGGAUUAGUGGAGGUGCGUAAUUUGUCUGGUGUUCAUGAGGCAUUGGCUGGUGGUUAUCAUGCGGAACGAGAACAUCACAGUCUUAAAGAAUUGAACAAUUCUGAAUGCGUAGAAAAUGCUUCUAAUAAAUCAAAUCUUCCCCAAGGGGAUAACAAUCCAGUGGAUCAGUCUCUGCAAAAUGAUAUAAAUCAUGAUGUUAUACUUAGUAUGCCUCCUGAGAAUGGCUCCUAUAUUGGUGACAUGGAGAAAGAACAGGCUAAACCACAAGGAAUGUCUCUUCAUGAUGCUGUGUCUAUAGAGUACACAACAGCUGUUGGGACUACUAUUAGAGGACCUGAUGGUUUGGAUAGGGUGGAACAUGUGCAUAAUGGUGUCAUUCAAUCAAUGGAUAGAACUGAUGGGGAAUGUGCAGAAUCUCCUAGCUGCUCUAAUGUCACCUUUGAUUUAGAGGACUCUGCUCGAAGAACAUGUUCAAGUAGCACCUUUGUGCCCACAGCAGAUUGUUAUUUGGAGAAUGGUCAAGCAUCACAUAAAUCUGAAUUUGGCAAUGAUGCUGAAACUACUGAUAAAUCAUGCUCACCUGCUAAAGCAAUAGCAUCAAAUCCUUUCUGUCCAUUGGAAUCGCCCAGUAGAACAACAGUUAUUGGUGGUGAAGCUCAAACUUUUCAGGAAGCAAACGAUUCUGAAAAUCUUAAAAACCCUGUUAUUCUCAAAGAUGUCUCAUCUGUUCAAGUUCUUGGAUUUGAUAAUUUGGCUGCUGCAGAGCAAAACUUGGUAGAUCUGUCCAGAAGGGAGGAGGAAGUUCUUGCUUCCGGAGCUUGCAUUGAGGUGCAAGGUGAAGCCUGCCAAACUCAGAUGUCAGAACCUGCUUUAUGUAAUGAUCAGUUGGAAAAUUCAAAUACUUGUGCUAUGUCUGACAUUCCUGCACCUGAAAAGUUACUUUCUGCACCAGAAGGACCUCUUGACACACCAAGUGGUUUACUGGGUGAGUCUACCCCAGACAAAGAGGUCCUAGCAGGGAAUGAUGAAAUUGAUGCUGGAACCAAACUCAUUUCGGGAAAAAAGCGAAGUAUAACUGAAAGUACACUAACUGUAGAGAGUAUAAACUCAGUCGAAUCAUUUGGAAGGCCUCGAUUAAGAACUGCAGAAUCAGUUCCUGAUGAUGAUGACUUGUUGUCUUCUAUUUUAGGUAUUGGAAGAAGAUCUUCGGUUUUCAAAAUGAAACCAACUCCUCCCGUUGAAGUAGCAUCAAUGAAACGUGCGCGAUCUGCACCAAGACCUAGUGCCACCAAGAGAAAAGUGCUUAUGGAUGAUACUAUGGUCUUACAUGGCGAUACAAUACGUCAGCAGUUGGUUAAUACUGAAGACAUACGUCGUAUACGCAAGAAAGCACCUUGCACUCGCCCUGAAAUUUCAUUGAUUCAGAGACAAUUCUUGGAAGAAGAAAUAUUUAGUGAACCUACAUUUACUGGUGUGUCGGGCGACUUGGCAUGUUUGCACAGUGAAACAUAUGACCUAAGUGGUAUCAGGAUUUCUGAAGCUGAUGAAAACCAUGCAUCAUCUGAAGUAGCUAGGUAUUCUGGGUGUUCUGUCAGAACUGAUAUUGUUGAAGAAGGUGGAAUUGAAGGGAGCUCUGUGCCUGUGAUUCAUGGAAAUGAUGAGCAAGCACAAUCUGCUGGCACUCCUAUUCAGACCGAUACUCAGCAGGGUGAGUACAGUGAUCAGAAUGCUCAGCAGGAUAGAAAUGCUGUUGAUGAUGUACCUCAACUUAUGCAACAUGAACCUUUAGAUGGGAUCACGGAAAUGGAAAUUGACAGAGAUAAUGUUGAAGUUGCUAAUGCAGCAAAUCACUCUUUUCUGGACGAGUUUGCAGGAAAUAAUCCUACUGAAGUUUUAGAACACGAUGUUGAGAAUAUUAUUGCAGCUGAAACUGAAUCAAAAGCAACUGAUCAGUUUUUGUUGGAAGAAAGUAAAGCCAGUACAUCAGUUGAGGUCAGUAUGGCAAACUGCUGUGCACCUAUUGAAAAUGGAACCAAUUCUCUUGCAACUAUACAAACUGGUGAGUUUGUGAAUGGUGCUCAAAAUGCUUAUGAAACUGGAUAUGAUAAGGUUGGUGUCGUAGAUGAGGCUCAAGUUGAGGGUGCACUCUUGCAUCAUGAUGACAAGGACCCAAUUUAUAAGGGCAGUGAAGAAUGUAAAUUGGAUUCUACAUAUUCAGAAAAGGUUGAUAUGGUUCUGAAAAAUGCUUCAUUAAAUGGAGAAAGUCCAACCUUUCAGGAAGUUAAUGCAGUCAAUGAAGAAAUGACCUCUAUUGUGGAUAAUCAAGCUGAAUUUGAGGAUGUUGCAGUUGCAAAUGAUACAGAAUUUCUGAAUGUAGAUGAUGAAGAGCUGGGUGAGGAUGAUAAUGAUGGUAUGCCAUGUGGUGAUGAAAGUCGUCUUCUUGAAAAUAGUGGAUGGUCUUCUCGUACAAGGGCUGUUGCUAAGUAUCUUCAAAAUUUGUUUGAGGAUGAAGCUGUACAUGGACGUAAGGUACUUUUUAUGGACAGUCUACUGGCUCGUAAAACACGUAAAGAAGCAUCAAGGAUGUUUUUUGAAACACUGGUUCUUAAGACAAAAGAUUACAUCCAUGUAGAACAGGGGAAACCCUUGGACAACAUCUGUAUAAAGCCUCGAGCAAAGCUAAUGAAAUCGGAUUUCUGAUCCCUUGCAUAGGAAAAGCAGAUACGGUGAAAAGUGCCUUGUUGUAGUUCUAGUUCUGAUACUCAGCCCACGUCCGUAAUUAUUUUGUUUCAAAAUGGUUUUUGUUUUUCUAUUUUUAUUUUAAAAAUUAGUUGUUGUUUAGCUCAUGUAAUUGGUAGCAAGCAUGUCAUCAUGUUGAUCGUCUGGACAACUGUAGGUGGAUAAUAAUUGUGUAUAUAUGUGUAAAAUAUCUCAAUUUGCAAUUGAAGAUGCUAAUUUAUUUGUUUUGACUGCUAUUUAGCCCAUUCCAUGUGAUUCAUUUAAGGUGUUAAAUAAACGAUUGGUUACAAAA